AUGGCACUGAGCCCUGAGUCCACGAGCAAUUUUCCUGUGCUAGCUGUGACAGGUAGCACCAUGCCUGAUCCCCCUGGUGGCCCCAACGUGUCCCUCAAUGACUCGUGGGCCAGCCCGAUGGAGCCCAGCUCCCUGGAGGACCUGGUGGCCACGGGCACCAUCGGGGCAGUGCUCUCAGCCAUGGGCGUGGUGGGUGUGGCGGGCAACGUGUACACGCUGGUGGUCGUGUGCCGCUUCCUGCGGGCCUCAGCCUCCAUGCACAUCUACGUCAUCAACCUGGCACUGGCUGACCUGCUCUACCUGCUCGGCAUCCCCUUCAUCGUGGCCACCUAUGUCACCAAGGGGUGGCACUUUGGAGACAUGGGCUGCCGCAUCCUCUUCAGCCUGGACUUCCUGACCAUGCACGCCAGCAUCUUCACCCUGACCGCCAUGAGCAGUGAGCGCUAUGCUGCGGUGCUGCGGCCGCUGGACACGGUGCGGCGCUCCAAGGGCUACCGCAAGCUCCUGGCGCUGGGCACCUGGCUGCUGGCCCUGCUGCUGACACUGCCUGUGAUGCUGGCCAUCCGGCUGGUCCACCGGGGCCCCAAGAGCCUCUGCCUGCCGGUCUGGGGCCAGCGUGCCCACCGCGCCUACCUGACGCUGCUCUUCGGGACCAGCAUCGUGGGGCCCGGCCUGGCCAUCGGGCUGCUCUACGUCCGGCUGGCACGGGCCUACUGGCUGUCGCAGCGGGCCCCCUUCAAGCAGACGCGGCGGCUGCCCAGCCCCAGGGUGCUGUACCUCAUCCUCAGCAUCGUGCUGCUCUUCUGGGCCUGCUUCCUGCCCUUCUGGCUGUGGCAGCUGCUCACCCAGUACUGCGAGGCCCCACCGCUGGCGCCCCGCACGGCACGCAUCGUCAACUACCUGACCACGUGCCUCACCUACGGCAACAGCUGCGUCAACCCCUUCCUCUACACGCUGCUCUCCAGGAACUACCGCGACCACCGGCGCCGCCGCCCGCGCGCCCCGGCCAGCGGCAGCCUCCUGCUGAGCCGGGCCCGCUUCCAGCGCAGCUCGGGUCUCUUGCUGUCCCCCGGCAGCCAGCAGGCCACUGAGACCCUCACGCUGUCCCCGGCAGCCCCUAGAGGGUUCUCAGGGUGCCCAGUGUGAGUUCGGGGGUGGGGUGGGGGCUGGAGGCCAGGCAAGGGGCCCCGAAGCCCGGAUCGCUCCCUGGAACACCUUCCCAGAAACCCCCUGCUCCUGGCUGACAGGCCUGGCCCUUCCUCCUCCGUCCUCUUCUGGAAAGCUCCCUGCUCUCCCUUCCCGUGGCUCCCUUCAGCUCCACCAGCGCCUUCCCCACAGUGCCCAGAAGCGGCCCCCACCCUCCAUCUCUGGGGGUCUCCGGGAGGCGCAGGCCCAGGCCCAGCUUCUGAAGGCCACAGUGAAUCUGUUCUUCUGAGGCUUCAUCCCCCAAAGCAGCAGACGUCAGAAUCCAGCUGGGGUGCCCCUGCCCAUGGCAGGCACGGG